AUGAUCUGCCGACUACUUCGGUUUGUGCUUGCGCUCGUGUCGAUCCUUGCUCAUGUAAGCGACGUGGAUGCUGCUGCAGCUUCCCCAUCAUCUACAGGCAAAUGCUCACUGGAAGCGCAGCAGUUUUCGGUGGUUGUGGCGACCAGCGCACCUCUCGGGUUGCGUCUGAGCGAGAAGCUGGAAGUGCUGGAGUUUGUAGCAGAUUCAGAGGGUCGUGGUCGAGCUGUGGAAGCCUCCGGUCUGGCCGAGAUUGGGGAUCGUCUUAUUGCCGUUAACGACGUCUCGCUCGAGGGGUACACGCUGCAGAAGGCUGUGGCAGAGCUGCAAGCGGCACAAUUACCACGAAAACUGCGCUUCCAGACUCAUGAUAGGCGCUGUAUCGUGCCCCCACCAGCAGCGAUAAAAGAGACCGUCAUUGAAGCAGACACCGCAUCGACAGUUACUUAUGAGCCACCCAUUGAAGAGAUCUUCGACUAUGUGGUAUCAAGUGUCGGUGACAAGACAAGUGAGCUCAAGUUAUAUGCCGUGCUGUCUUCAGAUGGCUCACCACCGAGCUGUGAGUUUCGUGAACUGAUUCUCGCUCGGCCUUUCGAUGCUUGUGCUCCGCUCUCGAUCAACGUCACCGAAAGGUAUGUUCUCGUCCCGAGCGUACUUGGAUGUCCGAUGCAUCAGAAAGCAGCUUUAGCGGAUGAAGCAGGAGCAAAGGGUGUCGUCUUCGUCCAGCGCGUGGGUGAGAAGCCCAUGCGUGUGCGUAUUCCGCCUCCUUCGUCGCUACCACACCCCAUCAACAUCCCGUUAGUCAUGGUAUCAUCGGAUUCUGGAGGACGCUUGCUGGAGCAAAUGGUUGGUGCGCGUCCCGGUGAAAAUCAGCAACUCCGCUUCGUCUUCAGUUCAGCAUGUGCAGUUGAUCGCUUUGCAGUGCACCCGGACGAGAAUGACCCGUUGCGCCGCGCUGCAGUCCUCCUCAUCGAAGAUGCUAGUGCGGGAUUUCUGUCCAUAUCCGUUGCAACUUCAGCGGAAACGGAGCUAAUUGCCGACUCAUACGAGUUUCUCAAGCCCGCGGAUUAUAGUUCGGGUGGCGGCACCACUGGAGUAAACCUUCCUAUCGGCAGAAAUGAUCUUAUCUUCCCCGACUUCAAAGUGUUUAACCCGUGCGAAACAGACCCGAUGCGGAUAUCACCGCUCUCACGCCGCAGCAAUAUGGCUGAUUCUUUCAUUGCUAUCCGAUUACGAGAUCCUAAGAGCCCUCGUGGGUGCUCGCUAAUGCAGCAAAUAGCCUACUUUGAAGCCAAACGUGCGGCAGGAAUCAUACUGGGAGAUCCACGAUUUCCGCACACAGCAAGCUCCCUCACCGCUGCCGUUGCAGUUCAGCAAACUUCAAUACUUGUAGUAUUCAUCUCCAUGAGCGCGUUUCAAACAAUCCGUCGAAAGUUGCGAGAGCUAGAAGCUAAAGACGAAAUAAGCUCCAAUGAGGAUAGUAAGACGCACAUUCACGUCGAGUUCAGCGGUGCAAAUGCGCUAGAGCACCAAUGGAAGGAACUUGCGGGCCUGGCAGUGCCGUCGAACUGGCCGGCAACCGAAGCUGCACGAGAUCGACUAUUUCAUCGCAUGCUGAAGGAUCAGGCCACUUUGGACGACCACGACAUGCAGCUUUCUCUCGUCAAGAACGAGCGAUACGAAGCCUUAGUUGCAUCGUAUUGGAGUGCUCAGCGUUAUUAUAGCGCACGUACCGAUGAUGCCGCUAAAACCAAACUGCAGGGUGGAGAUGAUUCAGAAGACGAUCGGUAG